AUGCCCAACAAGGAGUCUGAGGAACUUGGAGUUUUUAAUAUCACUCCUCUGACUAUCGCUGGUGGCGCUGCUGCAUUGGCAGCGGCUGGAGUGGUUACCUAUGCUUUGACAAAUAGAAAACCAAAGUCGUCUGGUGGGAAGCUGGGCCCUCCGGUCCCUCGAGCCUCACAGGAAGAUCCAAUGGUCUUGGCCAGACUGGAAGGAGCCCGUGACACAUGCAUGAAGCCUUACGAUGGUGCCACUGCGGCGUCAUUUGUGGCCUAUAAUCUCUCCGACUCUGUCUUCAUCUACCCCAUCACGCCCUCAACCCCUCUUGGUGAGAAUUGUGACCAGUGGUCUGCUAGUGGCGUCAGGAAUGCUUUUGGUCAGUCUACUGUGGUUAGGCAGAUGCAGAGUGAAGGCGGAGCUGCGGGGGCUGUCCAUGGAGCCCUCGCUGUGGGUGGUAUGUCCUCUACCUUCACAGCAUCUCAAGGGCUUUUGUUGAUGAUCCCCAACCUCUAUAAGAUUGCUGGUGAACUCAUCCCCUGCGUCUUCCAUGUGCCGGCAAGAACUCUGGCUGGCCAGGCACUAUCGAUCUUCGGGGACCAUUCUGACAUAAUGGCUGUACGUCAAACUGGUUGGGCCCUUCUAUGUGCCAGUAAUGUCCAGGAAUGUAUGGACAUGGCUCUAGCUGCUCACAUAGCUACGUUGAAGUCCUCGGUACCAUUCAUCCACUUUUUCGACGGCUUUAGAACGUCCCACGAGAUCCAGAAGAUAAACGGUCUUACUGAUGAGCAGAUGAAGCUGAUCGUCCACGUUAUGUCCAAGGAGAUUGACAGACAUCGUUCACGGGCCCUUAACCCGAAUCAUCCAACUCUAAGGGGCACUGCCCAGUCGGCCGAUAUCUACUUCCAGAAUGUUGAAGCUGCCAAUCCCUAUUAUGAAGCAGUGCCGGAGCACAUGUGUAGCGCCCUUGAUAUGAUCAAAGCGUUGACUGGUAGAGAGUACCACCUAUUUGACUACCAAGGCGAUCCUAAUGCGACGCAUGUCUUUGUGGUUAUGGGAGCUGGCUCGUCUACUGUGGCCGAGACGAUUGAUUAUUUGGAAAGAAAACAGCCUCGUUAUAAGCUCGGCCUGGUUCGUGUGAGGCUCUUGAGGCCAUGGUCUAUUCCGCACUUUUUGAACGCCCUGCCAGCCACAGUGCAGCGCAUUUGUGUAUUGGACCACUGCAAGGAAGCAGGCGCCAUAGGAGAGCCGCUCUAUGUUGAUGUCUGCGCCAGUAUUCAGAAGUCCACGCGGCCGGAUAUUUUGGUCAUUGGUGGUCGUUUCGGGUUGGCCUCUAAGAAUUUCACCCCAGGCCAGGUUUACGCUGCCGUGAGGAAUCUCGUUGAUGCUCGGGUGCCCAAGUCGCCGUUCACUGUUGGUAUUGAUGAUGAUGUCAACAACAUAUCUCUGCCUGUCCCGGAGGAGAUCGACGUGUCCAAUCCUGCUACCACUCAGUGCAUGUUCUGGGGCUUCGGCUCUGAUGGCACGGUUGGCGCUAACAAGAAUGCUAUCAAGAUUAUUGCCGACAACACUGAGCUCUAUGCUCAGGGCUUCUUCGCCUACGAUGCUCUAAAGGCCGGCGGUGUCACCGUGUCACACCUGCGGUUUGGUCCCGAGCCUAUUGACUCGCCCUAUGAGAUAGCGAGUGGGUGCGAAUAUGUAGCUGUGCACAAGAAGGAGUACGUGAGAGCGUUCGAUGCCUCUCUUAUCCUAGGCGCUAGUAAGCCUGGGAGUAUCGUGGUGUUGAAUGCCCCAUGGAUCACUGUGGAUGAGCUCGAGGAAGAGCUCCCUUCGAAGUUCAAGUUGAUGAUAGCCGAGAAGCGUUUGGAGCUGUAUGUCAUCAACGCAUCGUUGGUGGCUAAAGAGUCGGGCAUGGGUAGGCUUAUCAACAACAUCAUGCAAGCUGUGUUCUUCCGUCUCUCUGGAGUUCUGCCUUAUGAGCAAGCGCUACCGUUGUUCGAGGCGGCGAUUGAGAAGACUUACAAGAAUAAGGGUGCUGAUGUAGUGCGCAAGAACAUCUUGGCUGUGGGCUAUGCUAUUGACAAUCUCCACAAGAUCGAUGUCCCGGUGACCAAGUGGAUGCAGUGCGAGCGGUCGGACCACAUCAAGCCUCGGAAUGGUGAAGAGCCGUCUUUUGUCCGUGACGUAUUGGAUAAGAUCCAUACACGCCUUGGCGACUCCUUGGCGGUGUCUGCCUUUCAGCCUGGUGGUACGGUCCCACUAGGGAUGACGCAGUGGGGUAAGCGUGGGGUGGCCCAAGCUAUCCCUGUUGUGGACAUGGACAAGUGCACUCAGUGCAACAAGUGCUCGGCGAUAUGCCCUCAUGGUGUUAUCCGACCAUUCCUAGCCUCUCCUCAAGAGCUCGCCAAUGCCACUACUCCUCAUACCUUCCUGACCAAGCCAGCUACUGGUGGCAAUCAGGUCUCUGGUCUGGCCUUUAGGAUCCAAGCAUCGCCUUUGGACUGCACUGGCUGUGAGGUGUGUGUCAAUGCAUGCCCUGAUAACGCCUUAAUGAUGAAGCCUCUCCCCGAUGCCUUGGCUGAGGGUCAUAAGAACAACUGGGAUUAUGCUAUGACUUUGGAGUCUAGGGGGGAUCGUUUCGACUCCCAUACUUUGAAGGGUUCUCAGUUCCAACAGCCUCUAUUGGAGUUCUCAGGGGCUUGCGAGGGCUGUGGUGAGACGCCUUACGCCAAGCUCUUGACCCAGAUGUUCGGCAAGCGUAUGGUCAUAGCCAACGCUACAGGGUGCAGCUCUAUUUGGGGUGGCACGGCUGGAUGGAUCCCCUACACUGUAGACAAGAAGACGGGCAAGGGGCCGGCCUGGGGUAACUCCCUGUUCGAGGAUAAUGCGGAGUAUGGUAUGGGCAUGGCUGUGACUAUGGAUCAUAGGCGCCAACAGCUACGCUUACGUGUGCAGGAGGCAUUGGAGCAAGAGUCUAUAGCCACUGGUGAGCUCAGGCUGAUGCUGCAGCAGUGGCUUGAUAAUGCAGACCAUCCUGAGGCCUCUUCUAAGUACGGUGAACGAGCCGUUGAGAUCAUGAACGACAUGGAGCCUCUGCCGGCCUGUCUUGAGGAGUGUAUGAGGUUAUCUGAUCUAUUUGUGAAGACCUCUAUGUGGAUGCUUGGUGGUGAUGGCUGGGCUAAUGAUAUUGGCUUCGGCGGUAUAGAUCAUGUGCUGGCACUUGGUGAGAAUGUUAAUAUAGUCGUGUUGGAUACCGAGGUGUACUCCAACACAGGCGGUCAGGGCUCUAAGGCCACUCCUAUGGGGGCUGUGGCUAAGUUCAUGCAGAACGGCCGAGCCCUUCAAAAGAAGGAUCUCGGGCAGCUGGCCAUGACAUACCCCAACGUCUAUGUCGCUUCCUGCUCUAUGGGGGCCAACUACUCUCAGACGGUACGGGCCUUCCAUGAGGCUGAGAAGCACGUUGGACCUUCCCUCGUCAUGUGCUAUGCACCCUGCAUCGAGCACAGGACUAAGACUGGUCUCACUAGGAUGUCAGAGGAUCAGAAGGCGGCAGUCGAGUCGGGUUACUAUCCCCUGUAUCGUUAUGACCCUGAGCUCGCCAAAGUGGGUAAGAAUCCAUUCCAGCUUGACUGUAAGAGCAUCAAGCCCGAUGUGUUGGCGAACUUCCUAAAGAACCAGAAUCGAUACGAGCAGUUGGUCCGACGAAUGCCACACCAUGCGGCUGAUCUGCAGUCGGAGCUGAAGCGCUACAUCGAGGAACGUCAUAAGAGGUUGAAGGACGCUGCCAUUGAGAAGAGUCAAUCAGCUGAUGUGUUAGCCUCGGGUCUAUCGGCAGGCGUCAGGAUCUAUUACGGCUCGGACACUGGUACGACUGAGCAGCUCGCGAAGCGCCUCUCUGGCAUACUCAAGCGCCGAGGUGUUCAUGUUAACUUCUGUACUGGUAUGGACGAGCUUAUGCUGGAGGAAGCCACUGAGGACCUCAUUGUGCUUUUGACAUCUACAUGUGGUGAUGGUGAUAUGCCGACUGCUGCCGAAGCUCUAUGGGAACAAAUGGCUGCUUGCCAGCAUGGGGGUAGAAGACUGGCUGGUCGCUUCUGUAUGUUUGGCAUGGGGGAUAGUUCUUAUGAGCAGUUCUGUGAAGCUGCUGUGAAGAUCGAUAGGCGUAUGGUAGAGCUCGGCUUCACUCGAGUGCUCGACAUUGCUAAGGGAGAUGAUCGAGAUGAGGACGGCUGGGCUACAGCCUUCGAUCAGUGGUUGCCGAGGGUUUGUGAUGAAGUUGGUGCCAAGCCGGAGGAUGAGGAGGAGUAUGAGGCCUUGUUCGAGGUCACUAGUCUCCCUGUUACUAUGGUUGAGAAGGAGUUGCCUUAUCAGCGUAUAGUGCCUCCAGGUUCUCAUGCUGUACCAGUUAUGGAGAACCGUCGUAUGACGCCAGUGGAGUACGAGCGUGAUAUCCGUCACAUUGUAUUGGACACUAGCGCUGUGGACCUACCCUUCAGGCUUGGUGAUGCUAUUGCUCUAUAUCCACAAAACCUCACGGAAGACGUUGACAAACUUUUCGAGGAAGUACUCACUCAUCACGACCCUAAUGAUGUUGUCUCUGUGAAAUGCCUCUCAGAGGAUGUACCUGCCCGGUUGCGCUCGGCCUUCACGGCUCGUGUGCCCGUGAGGCAGAUCUUCGUAGAGCUACUGGACAUCUUUGGCAAGCCCAGUCGCAGCUUCUAUAAGCAGCUUGCUAGGAUUGCCUCUAGUAAGGAGCGUCGGAAGCUCGUUGAUAUUGCCGAUGAUGAUGACAAGUUCAAGGAGUUACUCGCAAAAAGCGUCUCCUAUGCGGAGGUCCUCAGGAUGUUCCCUAAGACCGCUAAUUUGAUGACUCUGGUCAACUUCUUGGAGAUAAUCCCUCUGCUCAAGCCUCGGCUCUAUUCGAUAGCUAACAGCUCCUUCUACUCGCCUGGUAUUGUCGAGCUCACUGUUGUCAUCAACAGGUGGACCAACUCUGAUGGUAGGCUGAUUACUGGUACUAGUACUAAGUAUUUGGGCUUUGGCAAGGACACUGAGGUGUGUGUCUCUGUUGCCAGCGGCACAUUCGUCUUCCCCGAGGAUGAGCGUACCCCUAUGGUCAUGUCGGCCUUGGGGACUGGUAUUGCCCCUAUGCGUGCCUUCGUCCAGGACCGUAUGUACAAGCGUAAGGUGCUCGGAAUGGAUACAGGUCCUAUGAUAGUGUUCUAUGGAUGUCGUCAUGAGAAGGAGGAGUUCCUAUAUAGGGAUGAGUGGAAGGCGUUCAUGGAAGCUGGGGUCCUCACCAAGGUUAUCAACGCCUUCUCUCACGACCAGGAGUAUAUGAUAUUCGUCCAGCAUAAGAUGGCUGAGAACCCCGAGCUGUUGUAUAAGUACAUUCAGGAACUAGGCGGCUACUUCUAUUUCUGUGGACCAUCCAUAGCUGUGCCCGAUGUGGAGGCUGCGGUGAAGAAGGCUGUAGGUGAUGUUGGUAAGAUGAGCGAGGAGGAAGUGGAGAAGUGGUUUGAGGAGGAUAUAAAGGCUAAGAAGAGAUACUCUACGGAGGCUUAUUAGGCGUUGUGGCGAGGGCCUCCUUGCCGUAUGAAAUGACUCAUUAUUUUGGAAUGUUAUUACAGUCGCUUGGUCAAGUCCGGUCACACAAGCCUGCCCUUUUUGUCACUAAUGCUGGUCGCAAUUUUGUCAUCAUCUGUCGGGACGUAUGCUGCC